AUUCAGCUCUUGUAGGCUUAUAAAUCUCCGCCAAGAGCUUUGAUUCCGCACACUGUCAAUCUUAAGAGGCGUUUAGAGUUUAAGGCUUCGAGCUUCAUCCUGAAUUCGGUCCUGCACAGAAGAGUUAGGAGCCUGCAAUCAAGCGAGGAUGUGCGGAACAAGGAUUAGUCUGCAAAGCCAAGGUGUGUUACGACAAGGUGGUGGAAGUGUCAACCAAUUAGGAGGAACCUUUCUCAACGGCAGACCUCUACCGGAGUCCAAGAGAAUGAAGAUGAUUGAGCUGGCCUCGGAGGGAGUCCGCCCAAGUGAAAUAUCCAGAAUUCUCCGGGUAUCCAACGGGUGCGUCAGCAAAAUACUGUGCCGCUACAGGCGCACAGGGCUGGUGAAGCCCAAAUCCAUAGGAGGCAGCCGCCCUCGGCUUCUCACCCCCGGAGUCAUCUCCACCAUCAUCCAAUGCAAGAGGGAAACGCCAACUAUUUUUGCUUGGGAAAUACGAAAACGACUUGCAAGAACUUGUAAAGCCGCAAAAAUUCCUAGUGUGUCAUCCAUAAAUAGGAUUUUGCGAGAAAUCCACCUGGAUCGUGGAAUAAUGUGCAUGGAGGUCAAUGCUCCCAUCAGAGCUGAGCAGGAUCAUUACUCUGUGGUUGAAGAAGUAAACAAGGAAGUGAUGAACUCUGAUGACCAGAAACCUGAAGGUGCCCGGCACAAGAACCGCACCACUUUCACCCCGGAGCAGAGCAGAGCACUCGAGCAAGAAUUUUCCCAGAGCCAGUACGCUGAUCUGUAUACAAGAGAGAAACUGUCAGCUGAAAUUAAACUUCCCGAGGACACCAUUAAGGUAUGGUUUUCAAACAGACGAGCUAAAUGGAGGAGGGAAACCAAACACAGAAGUAAAACAAAGACUUCAGACCUGCAGCAGCAAAGAGAUUGCCUUCUUUUAAAUCAAGCCCUCACACACAGCUUUACGUCGCAGGAAACGGACGCAUUAAGAAUAAACUGUCAAAACAACGCUUUCCUACCCAGAGUCUCCAGGAAGCUACACAAUGGUUUCUUCUCUCAAACAGCAGCUGUUCCUCAGCAGCUGUGUGACACGUUGCCACAGACCGUCAAUAGGACUCCACGGCAUUGCAACAGAGAUGCAGUCACGUUUCCAUUGACUCAAGACAACAUGUACUCAAAGAACACUUUCCAGCUGGCCUCUGAGGACAUCAUAACCCACUCCCAUGUCUGCCAGCAGUGGAACAAGCAGAGCACAUCGUUUAUGUGGAGCCAGUUUCAAACAAAUGGGAACUUCCUGUCUCCCCAGGAUGUGCAUCAACUGGGUGGCAUGGUAUGAAAGUGAGAAUGGAUUUCUGCCUAUGGUGAAUGAGUUUAGCAUGUAGAGUUAAAAAUGUAAUUCUAAUAGAUUUGAGUAAAUUACCUUCUAGACUGCAGAGAAUUUCUGGCCAGUAGAUGGAGACAAAAGACUGACAUUGCAACAAGUCCUUCACACUUCGCUUCUGUAAAAUGGAUACUGUAAAACGAUAAAUUCAGUAUUGCAGAAAAGAUUUGUUUCAUUGAUACAAGAAAAUUGAUUCAGUAAAAUAUUAUAUUGAAAAGAUCUGUCACAUUGACUAUUUGAGAAGAUAAAAAUGAUGCAAUAAUUUCCCUCAUAAAAAUGGAAAAAAGGUCAAUCCAUUAUGUACUAAAUAAUGUUGGAACGAUGAACUGUUUUCUUUCUUUCACUGGAAUGUUUUACUGAUGUGCCUUUCCAGGGAACAAGUUCUUAAAUACUAGGCUCUAAACUCUGAUGUAACCAAUAAACGCAGGCCUUGCUUCACAGGGAGUAGAUUUUUAGAGGGUACAUCAAGUGCUAACAGAGAAAAUUAAAAGAUAAAUUAGAAAAUGUUGUAUGACCUCAACCCAAAGCGCUUUCAUGUUUCUUGUCAGUG